GCAGAUCACCAACUGGGACGCUGACUUGCGAGGAGCCAUAUUGGACAUAUCACGUUUUGACCGGUCAGUCCUCGACUAGCUGCACGAUUGCUGUGGAAACUAUCGUGGGUCUACAACAUGCCUCAGGAAAGACAAUACGCGUUACACACGACAAUGCAAAGCCGCACUGAUCGCACUGGUCGCACUCGCACUCAACGGCCUCAAACUGAUCACCGCCAUGUCGAAGAGCUUAAAUAACUCCGAUGCUUCCGCUGUCAUCACUUCGCUACCAGCUGUACUCAUCUCUUCCACCUUCCUAUCCAGCCUUCGCUUCAGCCUCCAUCGCCAUCGACGAUGCCAGCCCUCACCUUCCGCCCCCGAAACCCUCCUCCCCCUCCUAUCGCCGAACUCCUUCAAACCACCUUCGAAGGUCUCGCCGCCCUAGUCGCCUGCCUCGCCCUCGCCUUCACGCUCUGGAAAUUCUGCGGCAAGUUCCGCGCCCACUACCACCGCCGACGUCGGCGGCAAAGAUCGUUUGAGCUAGAGGCACAGCUCCCGGAGGUCUGGGUCACGAGCAUGGGUUGACGACCAAUGCAUGCACCCUUCGAGGUGGAAAAGAUAGACUGGACGUUUUCAGGA